AGCGAGUCGAUAGCGAUACGAUUCUCACACGAGAAGGUUAUCUUCCAUACCGCGCUGACCCACGGUGUCUUUGACAGAAAUGGCAGGGUUUGCCGUGCAGACGGUUCUGCUGAGCGCAAGGCAUCAGCUUGGUGCAGCAACAUCGGUGAACCUUGUUCAUGUGGCUUCAUACAGCAAUGAUGUCCAUACAAUAAAGAAUCCAAAAUUAUCCCAACUGAAAAGAGGAACUGGUGGGAGAUCAAGCUUCAAUGGAGUUGUAGCAACAGUGUUUGGAGCCAGCGGUUUUCUAGGCAGAUAUGUUUGUAAUCGGUUGGGGAAAAUAGGUACACAGCUGAUAAUACCAUAUCGUGGGGACCACUAUGAUGUACUAAGGCUGAAACUUGUUGGAGAUUUAGGCCAAGUGCUGUUUGUGCCUUAUGAUCUCAGAGAUAAGGAAUCUGUCUUCAAAGCUGUAAAAUAUUCCAAUGUGGUCAUUAAUCUUGUUGGCCGUGACUGGGAGACAAAGAAUUUCAAGUUUGAUGACGUUAAUGUGGAAGGUGCCAGAACUAUUGCAAAUGCUGCUCGUGAAGCUGGAGUAGAAAAAUUGAUCCACCUGUCUGCACUGAAUGCAAUGGAGAAUCCAGAGCCUAUUGUUAUCCCAAAAGGCUCAAAAUUUUAUCAGAGCAAAUGGAGAGGUGAAUGUGCUGUAAGAGAAGCAUUUCCUGAAGCAAUAAUAUUUCGUCCUUCAGUCAUUUAUGGUCAAGAAGACAGAUUCCUCAGGUAUUAUGCUCAUGUUUGGAGAAGACAGUUCCAAGCUUUACCAUUGUGGAAGAAGGGUGAGCACACGAUAAAGCAACCAGUAUUCGUCAGUGAUGUUGCAGCUGGAAUUAUCAAUGCUGUGAAAGACCCAGACGCUGCAGGGAAAGUAUUCCAGGCUGUUGGUCCAAAACGCUAUUUGCUGUCUGAGCUGGUGGACUGGUUUCAUCGUGUAAUGCGACGCGACGAAGAGUGGGGCUACUGGCGAUAUGAUAUGCGAUAUGAUCCUCUGUUUUCACUGAGAGUAACUUUAACAGAAAUGUUGUGUCCUAGUUGGCCAGUGGGGUAUCUGCAUUGGGAGGGUAUUGAAAAGGAGCAUACAACAGAUAUUUUGGAGAGUGGGGUUCCCACUUUAGAGGAUUUGGGUGUUACACUGACACACAUGGAAGAUCAAGUUCCAUGGGAGUUACGACCUUUCAGAGCUGGAGCUUACUACCAUGAAGAAUUGGGUGAAUUUGCCCCUCCUGCUCCUCCAAAUUCUAUACCUGUGUAGUGCUCUGCCAGAACAACUUUUAACAGCAUUUAGACUGUAUCUAGUUCUAAUUUUGUAAAUUAUUUUUGGUCCUUCUGAUUGGAGCCAUGGUAUUUAACACGUUGUGAGCAUUUGAUUUUUCACUUUGAAUUUUCUUGGAAAAUCUACAGAAGUUUCUUCCAAAAUCUAGUUUUGAUUCCACAAUAUAAUAAUCUUAUGUUAAUGUUGUGAUAUGAAAUGAUAAAUACAAAAUGAUGUAUAUAGUAA